AUCGCCCCUGGUACUGACAGAUCCAGGAUCAGUCCUAAUCAUCAGCAGGUUGAUCUCCAUAUGGAUUGACAGUCCAAAAUGUUCUGUUGGACUGUUUCUUUAUCAGUGUCUAACAUUAUGUGUAUGAGAGCCAUGUAAUGUCCAUGUGUGCAUGCUGAAAGAGACUGUGCUGGUCUGACCGCCCUCCUCCUUUCAGGGUGGAGCCUGCUGGAAUGCAAUGGUUGAGGACAGGUCUCAGGAAGUAUUCCUGUCAACUCACAAUCGACACAAACACAGUGAACACAAAGCUCCAACUGUCUGACAACAACAGGAAGGUGACGCAGGUGAUGGAGGUUCAGUCAUAUCCUGAUCACCCAGACAGAUUCGAUCACUGGGUUCAGCUGUUGUGUAGAAAUGGUCUGACUGGUCGUUAUUACUGGGAGGUCGAGUGGAGAGGAUAUGUUUAUAUUUCAGUGAGUUACAGAGGAAUCAGAAGGAAAGGAGACAGAACUGACUGUGGGUUUGGAUGGAAUGAUCAUUCGUGGAGUCUGGAGUGCUCUGAUAGAUUUGAUUACCAUGUCUGGUAUAAUAACAGAUACACAUACAUCUCCUCCUCCUCCUCCUCCUCCUCAUCUGUCUCCAACAGAGUAGCAGUGUAUGUGGACUGUCCUGCUGGCACUCUGUCCUUCUACAGAGUCUCCUCUGACACUCUGAUCCACCUCCACACCUUCAACACCACAUUCACUGAACCUCUUUACCCUGGAUUUAGAGUCGGUCUGGGUUCCUCAGUGUCCCUGUGCUGAGUGGAGUGUAAAGAGUGUCCUCCUGUUAGAGAAACACUCUGACUGUUGAACAGAUAGUUCAGUCUGUACAUGUCUGUCUCUUUCACACAGAAACACGUUUUCAGAUUCAUGGAUUCUAUCAGUUGAUGUUUGAAACUUGUCUAAAUGAUUCCUUGUGAACUUCUUCCUUUUUAGUCCUUUUAAAGACGGCAGCGCGACAUCUGGCCGAUCAGUGGAGAAAGUUAAGGUGACCCACAGCUAUUGAAAGAAUUGCAUACAUGCUUACAGUACAAUUUACCACAUAUUAAAGGCCUGUGUGUGCUCUCAGCAGCCUGCUGCAUUGGAGAUUGCCUGGUAACAGAUGACUCAAACGGAGUCAGGAAGUAUACUUCUAAAAUGUCUUUGUUUGUUGAGUGAGGUCAUGCACUGAGGUCAAGACACAUGGGCUGCCUGCACACAUGCACAGUAUAUAGAUUUGUUUUGCUUGUAAACGGCAUGCUCAUGUUCUGUUCUGAAGUGCAGUAAGUGAAAUAACAGGAAGCAUCUGGCGGUGGCGGAGGAACAGAGGAAGGAACUGUACUUUUUUAGAAUAUGUCCAGGCUGGAAUUACUGGAACUCAUGUAUGUUUUUUUAUCUGCUCUGACGCAUAAUACUCGUCAUCAACUAUGUUAUAUAUAUGACACCCCAUUUAUUGUUCGGAGAAGAUCGAUGCUGUUUCAGUGAUUGGGCUCGACUUCCCACAUAUAUGUGUUUUAAUAAAAUCAUUGUUUUGACGGACAAUGGACCCCCAGUCGUAUGUCUCUUCCCUCAAAUACGAAUCAGGACACUCCCAUCAUUCCAGGACCAGGUGCUUUCAUUCCAACCUACAUGUUGUUUUUGGGUCUUUUUCCACUUAAAGCUUCUCACUGAAUUUCAGUAUGUUGUGUUUCUCUGAAGCUCAGUUCACAACCAGCUCCUCUGCAUUUUCAACAAGUCUGAGGUCAUUAUAAUGAUUUCAAAUGUUUGAUUUCUCUUUCUUAAUGGGAUGUUUCCAUCAUGGCUGAAUAAUUGGACAUCCAAUAUUACUUAAUGUAUCAAAUAUUAAAAACAAUGAGCAUC